CGGCGGCAGGACGGCGGGGCCGGGCGGGCAAUGAAGCUGCGGCGGGGCGUGCUGCGGGCGGCCCUGGCGCUGGUGCUGCUGCCGCUCCUCACGCCGGCCGGCGCCGUGGAGCCCAUCAGCCUGGGACUCGCCAUCGCGGGUGCCGCUGCUUCGGCCCUCACCGGCUUCAUCUCCUACCCGCGGCUCUACUGCUACUUCAGGGAGUGCUGCCUGUAUCGGCGCGACCAGCGCGCCGCCGCCGCUCUGCAGGAGAAUUUGGACAAGAGGCUGUUCGGGCAGCACUUGGUGAGCAGGGUGGUUGUAAAAGCCGUGAGGGGCUUCUUGAACAACACCAACGCCAAAAAACCUCUCGCGCUUUCCUUGCACGGGUGGACUGGAACAGGCAAAAACUUUGUCAGUAAGAUCGUCGCCGAAAGUAUUUAUAAAAAAGGUCUGCAGAGUAAAUAUGUCCAUCAGUUCGUGGCAACUUUACACUUUCCUCACGCUCACAGCAUCAAUCUCUACAAGGACCAGUUGCAGUCGUGGAUUCGGGGAAAUGUGAGCAUCUGUCCCCGGUCAAUCUUUAUAUUUGAUGAAAUGGAUAAAAUGCAUGCAGGGCUCAUUGACUCAAUCAAGCCCUUCCUGGACUACUAUGAGCUGCUGGAUGGGGUGUCCUACAGACAAGCCAUCUUCAUCUUCCUCAGCAAUGCAGGAGCUGAAAAGAUAACAGAGGUGGCACUAGAUUUCUGGAGAAAUGGGAGGACAAGGGAAGAUAUCCAGCUCACAGAUAUCCAAAAUGCACUGUCUGUGUCUGUCUUCAACAACAAAAAUAGUGGAUUUUGGCACAGCACCUUGAUUGAUAGAAACCUCAUCGACUACUUUAUUCCUUUCCUGCCUCUGGAAUACAAACAUGUGAAAAUGUGUGUCAGGGUUGAGAUUGAGUCACGUGGCUACACUGUGGAUGAAGACAUUGUGAGCAGGAUAGCUGAAGAGAUGACCUACUUCCCCAGAGAGGAGAGAAUUUACUCAGAUAAAGGAUGUAAAACUGUGGAUGCAAAGCUGGAUUAUUAUUAUGACUUCUAAUGCUUUAUUGCUGCAGCCUGCAAAGAAGCAAAUUUAACUUAAUCACAAAGUGGAGGACCUGAGACAUUUCAUUUUUAAGUACUUUUAAAGAAAGGAACACUCUGUUGUAACUGGUGUGUAAAUAAGCAGCAGUGCCUCUGCAUUUUUAUUUUGUCACCAGUCAUGGCUCCCAAGUGCUUCAGCCUUGUGCUGUGAAGGUAAGAAGGAACUGCUUUGGGAAUUCCUGGAUCUGGCAGGGCUCAAGACUCCUUGAAUCAUGUGUCAAUCAUUGGAACCCUUUGGCAGACUCUUGACAGGUAUAGAAGGACUGAGACUAUGACUUGAUUUUAAUUCGAUUUUGCUCUUUUGUGGAUGAUCUCUAGACAAUAUUGAGAAUUUUAAUCAAAGUUCCUGUGUCUCUGAAAGCCUUCAUUGGUCCUGUGUGGGAAUAUGCAUUAAAAAUAGAAUAUGUGUCUUUUUGCCUUCAACAGCUUGGGCCCAGUAAAGACAAGGGGGGAUUCUGGAAUUAAAAAAUCUGGGCUCUUCUAUCCAACAUCACACAGUGCCAUUGUCUUUUUCAAAAGAGAGGUAUAAUUUGGUCUCCUACACGUCAAACCAAUAUUACAAAACUCUUUGUUGUGAAUAGUGUUCAGAGAGCAGACUUAAUAUUACAAAGAAGUGAGUUAAAAUCCUUAAGUGCCACACUGGUGUAGUUAGUUCCUAUUUUUGGUUAGUUUUUAUGUAUAAAGGUGCCCACAGCAGGCUCUCCCAGAAGUGAUCUCAGGAGGGAGAAUUGUGCUCUGGGAGUGGUGAGUCAGCUUCAUGGAAUGGCUGCAACGUCGUGGGAAAGGUGUGCAGAUUAAAUUUUACACCAUGGAAAUUGAAAAGAGGUUUCUCUUCUUCACUUACAUGUUGAAUUCAGAGGUCAGCUUGCAGGGGUUUCCCUUUUUCAUCUUCUCACCAUACUGUGUGCUUCUGAGGCAGGGAUGGAGGCAGAUCUAAAGGCAUUUGGAGAAAAAAUCACUUACAAAAUGUGUCCACUGAAGUUACUGCGAAGGGUGUCAGACUUGUUUCUGAAUGUGAGCACUGCAGAGGCUUUUUUCAUUCCAGUUGCUGUUCAAAAUAAACUUUUCUCAUCAGAAAUGUA